AUGGCUCUGGCCACCCCAGCCACAUUUGGGUUCAGUAACUUACUCGAGACUUUCACGGUCAACGUUCAGAGAGCAGAGAACAGGCCCCUGAAUGUGCCUUUGAUCGCUCCUUUCACGAUUGCGACUUCGAGGCUUGAACGUGUUGAGAAUGUUGCCAUCAGAGUUGAGUUGAGUAAUGGGUGUGUGGGGUGGGGUGAGGCUCCAAUCUUGCCUCAUGUGACUGCAGAGGAUCAGGACACUGCUAUGGUUAAGGCCAAGGAGGCUUGUGAGUUCUUGCUCAGGAAUAAUGGGAUGACUUUGAGUUCGGUUUUGGGUGAGAUUGGUGUGCUUCUUCCUGGAUAUGAGUUUGCUUCUGUUAGGGCUGGAGUCGAGAUGGCUGUAAUUGAUGCGGUUGCUACAAGUAUUGGUGUCCCUUUGUGGAGACUGUUUGGUGGAGCUUCAAAUACCAUAACCACAGAUAUAACGAUUCCGAUAGUUUCUGCAGAUGAAGCUGCUAAACUGGCUUCAAAGUAUUGCAAAGAAGGCUUUAAGACUUUAAAGCUUAAGGUGGGAAAGAAUCUAAAUGCAGACAUAGAGGUCCUUCAAGCUAUACGUGCUGUCCACCCUGAUUGCUCUUUCAUCUUGGAUGCUAACGAAGGAUAUACCUCCAAUGAAGCUAUCCAAGUACUUGAGAAAUUAUAUGAGGUAGGAGUGAGUCCAGUUCUCUUUGAACAGCCUGUUCAUAGAGAUGAUUGGGAAGGCCUUGGAUAUGUUACUCGUAUUGCUAAAGAAAGAUAUGGAGUAUCAGUUGCAGCUGAUGAGAGCUGUCGAAGUAUAGUUGAUGUUAAGAAAAUAGCAGAACAAAGUCUUGCUAAUGUCAUUAACAUAAAACUUACUAAAGUUGGGGUUGUUGGGGCCCUUGAAAUCAUUGAGGUUGCAAGAGCAUCAGGAUUGGAUUUGAUGAUUGGUGGUAUGGUUGAGACUAGACUCGCCAUGGGUUUUUCUGGCCACCUUGCUGCUGGUCUUGGGUGCUUUAAGUUUAUUGAUCUAGAUACGCCCCUAUUGUUGUCAGAAGAUCCAGUUCUGGAGGGCUAUGAAGUUUCGGGUUCUGUUUAUAAGUUCAACAAUGCUAGAGGCCAUGGUGGAUUUCUCCACUGGGACAACCUUGCUUGAUAAGAAGAUUCUGAAUGUUUGGAAAACAUUUUCCCCACUGCAUAUAAGAACGCAUUGGAUAUCUACAGCAUGGAGGCUAGAGCAGCAGAGCUUUUUAAAUCCUGUUGUUUGGUGGCGGCUAUGUUUCAUGUUCAAUAAGACGGCAAGGGCUCCAAUUCAAGAGACACUAGGACCUCU